AUGAGCAUCUCGGCAAGACUGUCAAUUGCGUGGGAGUCGUCUCCAACGCCGGACGAGAAGACCUCGACGAUGGUGCUCAGCACGCCGAGCGAGCGCUUUGUCGACGUGCGGCCGUUGCUGGCGCCCCGUGGCGACUUCCCCUUCGAAUGGGCCUUUGCAGGCUCUGCGCGGCUUCUGGCCCCUGACGGCUCGCAGAUCGAGUUCUCGCACGAUUUCUUUGACUCGGACUAUAUUCGCCGCUGGUGCGAGUGCCGGAAACGCGAAUUGGCCGGCCACGCCGUCCAGUACCCACUCAGAAGCGAGAUCCCCAAAGAUAUCGGCCAUUUCGAGACGUUGCCGGACGGAACUCGCCGCGAAACGGGAGCCAUGCACAACGCCGCGUCGGGCAAAGUGGAGCAGUACGAAGAGAGAUGGGUGACGCUGGACCCGUGGCAGACGACGCCAGGACACAGGGUCCAGGCCGCGUCGACCGUCGCGGCCGAGUCGCGGCUUUUCGACGUGAAAAGCGGCGGCGAGGGCCGGUUCGUCCGCGUCGGGAACUGGGCCCAGGGCGUGUUCUGGAACAAAGACAACCUGGACGCGCCAAUCUCCGUCGUCAGGGCGUUUUUCGACGGCCGUUGGAACCCUGUGCUACAGCAUGGCGAUUGCUCCAUGUUCCCGGUGGGGGAGAACCCUGCGGUGGGGGCGACAGUCUCCCGCGGCUGUGUCGUCUGGGACGUGAUAGAGUAA